AUGGAAAAUGGACGAGACGAUGUGCCAAUCUCAAUCAGGAAACUUACUUUGACAAAGGAACUGAAAGAUGACAUAGAGAAUGGCAAGUACGAAGAAGGUUGGUUUUAUCUCACUGACGGACGGCCAGUGAGAAUCGACUGGGACGUGAACACGACGUACAGCCUUGGACGAGACGAAGGAAAGGUGUUCAAUUUCAGAACCACACUGAGAACGCGAUACGAAGAAGAACAAAUAGUCUGGGAAGAAAUGGAAUUUCAUGAGUGUGCCGAGGAGUGGAGAGACAAAGGCACAACGGUCAUAGUACCAGAGAUCGAGAAAGCAGUGGUCAUCACGAUCAUGGAAAGAUUUCCGAGAAGUGUUGAAGAUUACGGAGAGUACAGUAGUCCGUACAAGAGAAAGGAACCAGAAGAAAAGCGUGAUGUGGAAAUGGAACCACAAGAGCAGGACGACUUAUGGAAAGGAAGAUCAGAACAGGAGUUGCAGCGAGAGAUUGAAAAAAGAAUCGAAGAAUUGGAACAAGCGCCAAGUUCUGGGGUUGCACCAGGACCGCAUAUGCAAGAAGAGAACGAUGAGAGUGAGCGAAAGAAAGUUGAAGAACAACUUCCGAAACUUGGAGAAGCAAUGAACGAGAGAAUGAAGAUCGGAGGAAUCGAGCUUACACCAGCAAGUACGAUAAAGCAGUUGAGAAAUGCUUGCGAGUUCCUCAAGAUAGGAAAGACAGGCUACCGCCAUCAAGUGGAAUCGAAGUGGCGCCGAUCGAAGGACCUCCAGUACAAGUCCCGAGAACUCCAGCAGUUGGUCUGGAAGAAGAGCCGGAAGGAACGAGCAAAAGAGAGCUCGAAGGAGCGGCCGCAGAAGAACCUGAAGCCACAAGGCCGAGAGUCGACGAAGGAAGCGGACAAGUUGAAGAAAGACCUGAGAAGAUCCAAAGAGGAGAACCUUCAGGAUUUGCCGAAGUACCAUGACGACGAAGAGGUAGAGUUGGAAGAGUUUGAAGAAUUUGUGGAUCAAGAAGAAGUUGAAAGGAAUGUACAAGUGCGACGAACGAACGGCAAUGGCCGAAGCGGCAAUGGCCGAAGAAUGAAUGAUGAGCGAUUGGCGAAGAUCAUACAAGCUGUAACGAUGGCUGUGUUGAUAGGAAUGGGAGAAGCCAAGAAAGCCAAGGAAGAAGACCAAGGAAAAGAGGAAAAGAAGAAAGAAAGGAGAACGAUGGAAGAAGAGAAGACCCACGAGCAAAUGAUGGAAGAAAAAGUGGAAGAGUUGAAGGAGAUGAAGACAGGAGCCGAAGAGCGCAGGAAGAAGUUACUGGAGAAUGCUCCAAAAGAAGAGGAACAGGCUGAAGAGCCAAAGGAAGAGUCCAAAGAAGAACUGAAGGAGGAGAAGAAAGAGAAGAAAGAAAAGAAGAAGGAGAAGGAUUCGUCGUGCAGUGAUUCUGCAAGCGAGUCAUCUUCAAGCGAGUCAAGUUCGAGCGACGAGAAAAAGGAGAAGAAAGCAGAAAAGGACCAGAAAGAAGACAAGGACCAGGAAGAAGCCAAGAACCAGGAAGAAGUCAAGAACCAGGAAGAAGUCAAGGACCAGGAAGAAGUCAAGGACCAGGAAAAAAAGGAGGAAGAGGCCGAGAAGGCCGACGACGAUGAAAGAUACGUCCUCCUGGCAAAGGAAGGCCUAUGGCCAACGAUCUUAAGCUCAAUGCAGCUGGACGAAAGGGGAGCAAAGAUGCUCGAAGAGACAGGGAUCGAUGGCGACGCCCUAAGGUCCGAAGCGACGCAGAGAAUGUUCCAAGAGUUCAAAGAGACGAUGGAGAGUCCAGUCGUGAAGAUUCCAACGGGAUAUGGAACAAGGGUGCAACAAUGGUUGGCAGCCCUGAAGGAGCAGGAAGAAGAUGAGAAGGACUCGGACGAGUUGAUGUACGAAGAUGUCGCCAAUGCAGAAAAGGAAGCGGAAGAUGCCGAACGGGCAUAUGGCGAAAAGUACCGCGAGGUUGAGAAGAUGAUGGAAGAGUGCAAAAGCCUUAAGUCCACGAUGCAGAAGAAGAAGAAGGAAGCUGAAGGACAUUUGGCGGAGUACAAUGAGUUCAAGCACUCGAGAAGAAUGCUGAGCGUGGUAAGGAUGCUUGUAGAGACAAGUGAAGAAGUGAUGAAGUGUUUGGUGGAAGCAUCGCCAGACUACGGUCGGAUUUUCGAAGAAAGACCGAGAGUGUCCUUACUCGAGCGAAUGCGCAAAAGGAAAUUGGCCGAAGGAGCCAGCGAGGCAGAGUCAAUGGCUGCAGGCUCGGAAAGGCAGGUGAAGACAAAGGCAAUGCCAAAGCCGUUGAAGAUGCGCAAGGAGAUGGCAGAAGUUGUGCAAGUUGAUGAUGCCAUCGAAGAGAAGAAGGAUGAAGGUGAAGGAAAGGAGAAAAAGAGAGAAGAUGACCUGAGCAAGGUCAACCCAAGGUGGCUUUUGAAGUCAAGUGAAAGGAGCACCCGAAGCGAAAAGGAGACGGGAACGCGCCAGCCCGGAUGCUUUUUCUGUAAGGGAUCGCAUCGUGCGAUCAAGUGCCAAGAGAUGCUGGAUUUGGCAAAGGAGAUCACGGGAAAAGUCCCAAGUCUCGAUUGGCGAGAGAAGGAGAAGCGUGGUCUGUGGUGCAAGUGGUGCUGGUACACAACAAAGAACCCGUCUGAGCAUACGGGGUGGGGAAGCCACACCCACCAAAGGUGCUGGUACCAGAAGCAAGGCCAAGAGGUUGAGGCCAAAGUCAAAGCCGAGAAGGAAAAGGCAGGAGCAAAGGAAGUCAAUGAUGAAGUCCAGAAGAUGGUGGAUAUGAGCGAGAGACCUGCCGAGCCAAAGGGAAUGCCACCGAAUCCCCAAUGGGGGUUGGAGACGCUCAAGAAGAGAAAGGAGCCAGAAACGCCAGGACCAACCGUCGAAGAAGUCCAGACAAGCGAUGAAGAAGCGAAGAAGAAGCAAGCAAAGGAGAACAUCAAGAAGAUCAAGAGAGAAGAAAGGAGAAAGGAACGUGAAGAGAGAAAGAAGGCAAAGAAAGAAGAGAAGAAGGCAAAGAAGGAAGAAAGGAAAAAGGCCAAAGGAAGCGAGGCCAAGGAGCCGACAGCCGAGAUCGACAAAGAGGAUCUGUAA